GGAUAUAUUAGAGAAGCAUGACGUGGGUCAAUAGCGACGGCCGAAGACAUCAUAAAAGCGAGCCCAUUCCCAAGUUCAUCGCGUUGACCUUUCUAUCCACAGAACAUUACCAGUAAUGGCGGAAUCGGGCGACGUAGAGAUAGCUGGGACACCCGUCCAAGAGUUGGUGUUGAAUCCUCAAAAUAUGCCAAAAAAUUACAUUUACGAGGAAGGUGGUUCUGGAUUUCGAGAUGCUCUUUUGCCAUCACAGGAUGACGAUAUUCCUGUGAUCGAUCUCCAUCGCCUCUCAUCUCCAUUCACAGCACAACAAGAACUUGCAAAACUUCACCACGCACUCCAUUCAUGGGGCUGCUUUCAGGCAAUAAACCAUGGAAUGGAAAGCUCAUUUCUGGACAAGGUGAGGGAAGUUUCAAAGCAGUUCUUUGAACUUCCAAAGGAAGAAAAGAAAAAAUGUGCAAGGGAACCAAACGAUAUCGAAGGAUAUGGAAAUGAUAUAAUAUAUUCAAAGCAGCAAAGGCUUGAUUGGACUGACAGAGUGUACCUUAAGGUCCUACCUGAAGAUCAGAGGCAGUUCAAAUUUUGGCCUCAAAGCCCUGAUGAUUUCAGGAGUACUGUCCUACAAUAUACCGAAAGCCUAAGGCUGCUAAGUGAAGUAAUCCUUAAGGCCAUGGCUAAGUCAUUGAAUUUGGAAGAAAAUUCCUUCCUAAAUGAAACCGGAGAGAGAUCUAAUAUGUUUCUGAGGUUUAACUAUUACCCUCCAUGUCCAAUCCCUGAUCAUGUUCUAGGCGUCAAGCCACAUGCAGAUGGAUCCACCAUUACUUUUCUGUUGCAAGAUAAAGAAGUAGAAGGCCUCCAAGUCCUCAAAGAUGAUCAGUGGUUUAAAGUUCCAAUCAUCCCUAAUGCUCUCUUAAUUAAUGUUGGUGAUCAAAUAGAGAUAAUGAGCAAUGGGAUUUUCCGGAGCCCUGUGCACAGGGUAGUGAUAAAUAAAGAGAAGGAAAGGCUAACAGCAGCAAUGUUCUGCAUCCCGGAUCCAGAAAAAGUGAUCAAACCGUUGGAUAAGCUAGUGGACGAGACAAGGCCAAUAUUAUACAGACCCGUCAAAAAUUAUGUUGAGAUCUAUUUCCAAUAUUACCAGCAAGGGAAGAGACCAAUGGAAGCUUCAAAGAUUUAGGUUUUGAUUAAGUCUAAUGUUUUUCCUGAUUUGGUUAAAUAAAACAGAACAAAGAUGCAGCCAAAUUUCAAGUUAUGAUCCCUGCUAUAAACUGCAUUCUAAAUGCUUGAUGAAAGGUAUACAAGUUUUAUUCUGAGCAGCCCUUUAAAAAUAA